AUGAGUCCUUUGGGAUUUGAGCCUUAUGUAAUCUAUAUGGGAGCACAUUCGCAUGGAGAAUAUGGCCCAAUGGAUGCCGACAUAGAUCGUGUUAAGAAUUCUCAUCAACAAUUUCUAUCAUCUUUUCUUCCAAGUGAAGAGAAGCAUGAAAAUUCUGUCAUUAAUUCGUAUACAAAAAGUAUCAAUGGAUUCUCAGCCAUGCUCGACGAAAACCAAGCAGCAGAAAUGGAAAAAAAUCCCAAUGUUGUAUCUGUAUUUCCAAACAAAGGGAGAGAUUUGCAUACAACACGUUCAUGGGAUUUCUUGAGCCUUGAAGUUAAGGAUAAGAUUAAGCUAGAUACAUUUCGUCCCAAUUCUCUAUGGCGUAAGGCUAAUUACGGUGAAGAUGUCAUUAUCGCAAAUUUAGACACAGGUGUCUGGCCCGAGUCUAGGAGUUUCUCGGAUGAUGGUUAUGGUCCUAUUCCGGCACGCUGGAAGGGAUUCUGUCAAAAUAAUACCAAGGAUGGAGUUCCUUGUAACAAGAAACUGAUCGGAGCAAGGUACUUCAACAAAGCAUACAGAGCAAUUGCAGGGGAUAAACUGCCCAAUUCUCAGAACACCGCCCGCGAUUUUGAAGGCCACGGUUCCCACACUCUCUCAACCGCCGGAGGCAACUUCGUCCACAACGCAAGUAUCGGCGGAAUUGGUAUUGGCAUCGCCAAGGGCGGCUCCCCAAGGGCUCGUGUGGCUGCCUACAAGGUGUGCUGGCCUAAACAGACGCCAGAAUCUGGAUCGUGCUUUGACGGAGACAUAUUGAAGGCAAUGGAUUCAGCCAUAGACGACGGCGUAGAUGUGCUCUCCCUCUCUGUCGGUGGAUUUGUUAAUAGUUACAUGACCGACGCUAUUUCUAUCGGCGGUUUCCACGCCGUGAAAAAAGGGGUAGUCAUGGUUUUAUCGGCUGGUAACAAUGGAGGUGAAUGGACUGUUGCGAAUGUUGCCCCGUGGUUACUUACUGUCGCAGCUAGCACAAUUGAUCGCCAAUUCGAAUCACUAAUCAAACUCGGAAAUGGACAAAAUUUCUCGGGAGCAAGCUUGACAAAGGGAUUACCAAAAGAGGAUAUGUAUCCGAUUAUUUCCGCCGAAGAUGCAGCCAUCGUAGGUGUCCCUCCUUCAGACGCUUCUAUGUGUACGAAUGGGACUUUAGAUGCAAAGAAGGUGAAUGGUAAAUUGUUGGUGUGCCUAAGAGGUGAAAAUUCAAGAUUAGAAAAAGGCUUCAUAGCGGCUCAAGCUGGAGCCGUCGGUAUGAUCCUUUGCGAUAAAGAUGAAUCCGAUACCCCCGUUCUCGACCUUCAUUUUCUUCCUACUUCUCAUGUUAACUACAAAACCGGUCAAGCCAUUCUUCAAUACAUCAAGUCUACCAAGAACGCAACUGGGCAUUUAUCAGCAUCAGUGGAAAAGUUUGAUGUGAAACCUUCUCCAUCCAUGGCUUCUUUCUCGUCCAGGGGUCCCAACAAACUAACACCAGGAAUUCUCAAGCCUGAUAUAACAGCUCCAGGAGUGAACAUUAUAGCCGCCUAUACUGGAUCGAAGAGUCCAACUGAAAAAGAUGUUGACAAACGAAGGUUUGAAUACGUCACGGAAUCUGGUACUUCCAUGUCGUGUCCUCAUGUUGCUGGAGUAGCGGGCCUUCUUAAGAAGCUCCAUCCUGAUUGGAGCCCGGCCGCCAUUAAAUCCGCCAUCAUGACAACAGCUAAGACAAAAGACAAUACUGAAAAGGCAAUGUUGGAUUCAAACUUAAAAAAGGCGACGCCUUUCAACUAUGGAGCUGGACACAUACGUCCAAACCGAGCCAAUGAUCCUGGCUUGGUUUACGACUUGAGCACCGUUGACCAUUUGAACUUCCUUUGCGCGCAUGGAUACACAGAAGCCAUUGUACGUCAAUUCUCCGGAGUUCCUGAUCACAAAUGUUCGAAGACAGCAACAAUUCUGAACUAUAACUACCCUUCAAUUACCGUUCCCGACAUAUCCAAGCCAGUCGAGGUAACUCGGACUUUGAAGAACGUGGGUACACCGGGAACAUAUGUAUGCCAUAUCCGUGCCCCACAAGGAAUACUGGUUAAGGUUAAUCCAUUAACUCUUAGUUUCUUGAAGAUUGGAGAAGAGAAGACGUUUACUAUAAAGAUGGAGAUAAGGGCUGGAGUUAACAUAACCAUGGAUUAUGUGUUUGGAGAUAUUGUGUGGACAGACGACCACAGUCACAAGGUUAAGAGUCCAAUAGUCGUUGGAUUUGGCAUGCCGGCGCCGUCACCAAGCAGCAGUGAAGAUACCGCAGCUGUCGAUUUAAGGGGCGGAAUCUAA